AAAAGUUUCUUGAAUUGUAUUUCAGAUUGUCUUUUGUAAUCUAUUUGUGUGAUGAUUUACAGUGAAUUGAGGCGAGAAUCGUCGGAGUUCGUACCAAACGCUACCUACGAAGUUCAAAGUAGCGGAAUAGACGGAAGAAGCCGGACUAGGAAGAGAAAAUCAUCUCAGUAGUGGAGCAAUAUCAACGCCGGUGAAUCGGCAUGGAUGAGAUUCAGAUAUCUCCAUCCGAUCCGCAGGGCAGUCCAGGUAAGGAGCAACAGGCUGCUGGAGUCGGCAUCCUUCUACAGAUCAUGAUGCUCGUUCUAUCAUUUGUCCUUGGCCAUGUUCUACGCCGUCACAGAUUUUAUUAUCUUCCCGAAGCCAGCGCCUCCCUCUUGAUUGGUUUAAUUGUUGGUGGACUCGCUAACAUUUCUAAUACGGAAACAAACAUCAGGGCUUGGUUUAACUUCCAUGAGGAGUUUUUCUUUUUGUUUUUGUUGCCUCCAAUCAUAUUUCAGUCUGGAUUCAGUUUAUCACCUAAACCAUUUUUUUCGAACUUUGGGGCCAUUGUCACAUUUGCUAUUUUGGGGACUUUUAUAGCUUCAAUUGUUACAGGUGUUUUGGUUUACCUUGGCGGGCUGAUGUUUCUCAUGUACAGACUUCCAUUUGUUGAAUGCUUGAUGUUUGGUGCUCUUAUAUCUGCAACCGAUCCUGUAACUGUUCUGUCCAUAUUUCAGCUUGUAGAUUUUGGGACCAAGGGAUAGGCAAGAGUUAUUCUCAAGGAACUGAUGUCACCAAGAUUGGAGGAGGGCCCUAGGUAUUGUUGUUGAGGGGCUCUAUUAGUGUUUAUGCUUUCACUCCCUCAAGGUAAAUAGUACAUUUCUUUUGUUGAGUUGAGUUUAGUUGGUCUUUGCCCACUCCAUUAUUGAUGCUAGUGAUGCUUGGCAAACUAUGUAGG